AUGUCAUAUACAGGACGGCCGCUUCCCUCUCACAUCCGCAACCCUUCCACCUCCCUCGGAGCAUCACAACCUGCCACCCAAUCGCCUGUGCUCGUUGCCCGCAUCGCUGAGAAGAAGGCGGAGCUGGCGAACCUCAAGGAACUCGAAGCACUGAGCGCGGGCCUUGCCGACCAAAUGCAGACACUGGCGGACAAGUUGUCAACGUUAUCCGAUGGGACAGAAACGGUCGCUGCAGUGCUGUCGAAUUGGCACAAUGUAUUACGCGCUAUCAACAUGGCGUCCACCAAACUGCCGAAGCCAAAGGACGAGGAAGGUGGAGAACGCAGAACCGCAUCCGAACUGCCGCUUCCCAAGACACUUGUCCGCAUACCCACGCAACAUGCUCCCGCCUUACUUUCGCAAACAAAGGCACCAAGGGGCGCUGAAUGA